UCUGUGGGCCAAUACAUGACGGGGUAUCCCACCAAUGUCGCGCAAAUGGGAAUGAGUCCGAAUGCUCAGAUGCGCUACCAGCUCCCUGGCGAUCCGAACAAAAUGCUGUCGGGCGGUAGGCACAAGAAGGAAGUAAAGCGCAGGACAAAGACGGGAUGUCUGACCUGUCGAAAGCGACGAAUCAAGUGUGACGAAGGACAUCCCGUGUGCAGAAACUGCGUUAAAAGUAAACGCGAAUGUUUAGGUUACGACCCUGUAUUCAGGCCACAACCGACGACACCUUCUGCUAUCCAGCCAGCUCCUAAUCCUCCUCCUUCCCUGGUCGUCAAUCCUCAAGAUCCCUCCUAUCCUUCUGCGCCUCCUGGGUACAUGCCCGCAGCCUCUCAACCUUUUGCUCCGUCUCUGUCGCCCACCACUUCCACCGAACAGUUCGACUACGGGGCAGCCAUAGAUCCUGCGCUGGAGGGAAACGCUUCCAACAUGGCCGCCGUGCAGAAUGCAACUGCUGAGGGAAACUUGCAGCCCCCGGUCAAUACUGCGACAACCGGAACUGCUACCCCGUCAGAGUCUGCUAGCUUCAGAGUCAAACAAGUCCAGGUCAAUGAUCUUCUUGCCUUGAGAGGCAUCCCCCCUCCGCCACCUCAUCCCAUCACCUCCCUGCAGCCCGGUCGUCUCGAGGAGAUCCAGGCCGUCUUCCUUGCUACAUACGCCCCCGCCAUUGACAAGUUCCUCGAGACCCGAUGGUUCCAAGAGAAGGCGCUGACCCAUCUCAUGGGCAAUGCGCAGCUCAUGGCCGAGUACUCCGCCUUGAUCGACGCUUUCAACGAUCGGAACCUUAGUGACCCUAACGUUAUCGCCCGGUUGGAGAGCUUUGAAGCGUCAGUGGUCUGGAGCUCGAUGACACUCUGUCGCCAUGUGAUGAGCGUAUCAAAUGGGACACAUGGGCAAGACUACGAUCUCCUUGUUGCCUCGACUCGACUUGACGUGAUUGAGUCCCUGAUUACCGGAGAACACCUGGACUCGAAUCCCUUGGCACAAUUCGCCGCUCGGGAGCCCUCCUCCAACCCACCAUCUCUUCCCGACCAGCUCUUGCAGAGGGCAUUGGAUUUCUGGAGUGCCCUCGGCCACUUCCUGACCCUUCACGACAACGAAGCUAGUUCCGCCAAGGAAAUCGAUGAUACUUUGGCCCGCUGCCGAACAUUGUUGGAUACGUUCGAAAACCGAGACGUCAUCUAUUCCAUUGCUAUUGCCCGCCAUGUUGGACAACGCUGGGCCGACUUCCCCCGCAGUCUCCCCCAACCCGUUACCACGAAUGAGAAGGAUGCGGGGGCCAAGCUCUAUGUUGCGCAAAAGUUCCUUGAGCAAGAAGCCAGCGGCAAAGGUACCACGCAAGUGAUCAAGCGGAUAUGCGGUAUGGUCGUUCGCUCCUGGAUCGUAUCGCGCGAGUAAUGCUGGUCGCAUCCAACGAUUUUCUAUUUGCAUCUUGUAACAAAAAAGCGGUUUGGUGGAAUAUUUUGUUUCUUUCCCUUUCUUUAUGUUUUGACUAAAUGUCAUCUCUUUUUUGUCUCAUUCCAUGUGGCUCCAUGUUUUUAUCCCCCGCUUUCCCAUUCACAUGGUUUUAUUGGUUUAUGGGGAGGACAUCAUGGCAAAGGAGUUUCGUUUUGAUUUCUCAAUAUCCAAUACUUUCUGGAGCUGGGACUUGGCAGCACUACGGCGUUCCGGGUGCUUUUCCCAUAGUCUUAACUAUUUCUUUCUUUCCAUUUUACAGAUGUUUUCGCAUAUCUUUUUCUUACGCUUCUGAUGUCAUCCUUGCCAAUUAUGGAGAA